CUAUUUUAAAAUUAGAACGCCCUCUAGCGUAAUCCGUGACAGUCUCCACUGAAAGAAGCCUUUGUAAGAAUCCUCUAGAAAGUAGGCAAAGAAUCUCCGGUAUCAAAAUCAUUACGUGAAAAUUUGAUCUAAGUCCGACGUAAAACAAUACAGCUGACAAGAUGUGCGACCGCAAGGCGGUGAUCAAGAAUGCUGACAUGAGCGAGGAGAUGCAGCAGGAUGCUGUGGACUGCGCCACACAGGCGCUCGAGAAAUUCAACAUUGAAAAAGACAUAGCUGCAUUUAUCAAGAAGGAGUUUGACAAGAAGUACAACCCAACAUGGCAUUGCAUCGUGGGCCGCAACUUCGGCUCGUACGUGACGCACGAGACCCGCCACUUCAUCUACUUCUACCUGGGCCAAGUGGCGAUACUGCUCUUCAAGAGCGGCUAGGCUGAUGAGGCAGGCGACCUUGAUAUAAGCUUUCCAGCAAACCAACGUGACAUUGAAGUUAGUGUAGGCUUUACAUUGACUGUUUGUUCAUAUAGUUCUAGCUCUGCACUCUGAAGGUGUUUUGCUUUCCUGUCACAACAUUUGAUCUAUCUAUCUAUUCUUAAGGAAUCUUACAAGAAUUCAGCUUGUAAUUCAGCGAGUGGUUGAUUGCUUAAGCAAUUGAUAAGUAGUCAAUUCACAGCCUAACAAUUUUGUGAUUUUGUAUGGAUAGUUGUUUAAACAUCUUACUGUCCAUGCAAAAGUCACAAACAUAACUCCAAUGUCACAAUCGUCACCUCGAAAACUUACUUAAGGUACCUGCAAUCAAUCAAAAUUUUUUGUUGUUAGUGUUGCUGCCAGCCAGCUGUCCUCAGACAUGCUAUCUAUUGUAUAGAACUUUACAUUCCUACCCGUAGGUAGUCCUACACACAGACUAAAGGGAAAUGGUAGACAGAUAAUGGGCCACUAUUGAAGCAAUUACCACAAUAGCAUGGCCCAUAGAAGCCAAUUUAAUUCGGAAAGGCUUUUAUUUCAAGUCCAAUACACAGUAAUUAAAAUCUAAAAGUUUUAACCCAUUUAAUUGGUAUUGAUGGUUUUCUUUAUAUCUGUUCUUUUAUUAAUUUUUAACCAUUUUAUGUUUUUGUAACAACAUUGAUAAUAUUUAUGAAGGUUAUUUUAAUAACAAUGCAAGCAGCUACAUUAUCCUAAUUAUAUAAUGUCAAUAUUUUAUGUAUGAAACUGAUGAGAGAAAACCAAUCUUUAACCAUAAUCUUGGCAAGAAAUAAUGUGAUCAUUGAUCAAUUUACUUGAUUGGCUUUGGUUGUGCUGAGAUCGGCCAUCUUCUUUAGUCUGUGGUCCACUGGUUCUCGGUAGAUGGUGGUAUCUGGGCCGAUGGUGCGUGUGGUAUGUGUGAAUGACUCGCGAGCCUUUGUUUAAUGCUGGACAUGCAGAGUUGAUCUCCACAUUAGAGGGAGCCACGCGCGACUCGUAUUAAACCUGCAGGAUUUAAGGCCAGACUACAUUGAGCCAGUUGACUCGUUUAGAUUUAAGGCAGACUUACAUUUAACCAGUUCACUGCUCAGUGUGCUAAUUGUGUACUGGUUAUGUAUAAAUUAAUUUCGAUUCAGUACACUGCUUUACACUGAUGCAGUAGCUGGAUUUGGGUAACUCUGUUAUGCUAAGUUUAGACGUUGCAAUAUUUUUUCGUCAUAUUGAUAGUAGAUUGUAGUGCAAUUUCAAAAACUUAUUUCCAAUAUUUGUUUAAUCUCAAACUGGUAUUAGAUUGAAGUCAUUCAUAACUAAAUGUGUGCAUAAUUUUCUUAAAGCACAUUAUGUGCUGACCAAUCAUUAUGUAAAUUUCAAAUUAGUAUAAUCUAUGUUAAGUUCUAGUUGUCAUACAUACUGACUCAAUGUAAACUCGGCUUUAUGGGUAUUGUUUCUAUUAGUGUGGCCCCCGCCCAGCGCACGAUGUAUGUAUGUACUGUUAGCUACUUUAAGAACAUAAUUACUUGGGUAAUCACAUCUAGUGUAUUUAUAUUAAAUGAAAAUUUAUUUAAUUAUUCCUAGACUAUACCUAGCAUAGAUUAAAGUCAUAUGUUAGUACUUAUCUAAAUUUAUUGUUUAGUUUCUUUGUUAAUAAUCACUGGAGACCUUUUUGAAACUUCUAAUAAUAUAAUUAACCUUUCUUACAAACCA